UCUUUAGCUGAUAGAUGUUUCCAUUCAGACUGUGCAGAACGCAGUAACCAUGCUCUGUGGCACUGAGCAGCUGAUUGGCAGUCUCCCAGAAGUCAAGUGGGCCCAGCAGGUGAGGAGUCUCGCCACGCAGCUGCAGGAGGAGAGCCUGCACGUCAUUGUCCAGCAUCUCCCCGAUGUAAUCGGAACUCAGGCCUUUCAGGAGCUUCGCAGGAGGGAAGAGGUUACCCGUGAGCCCACGUUGUUGAAGAAGCUUUGUUCAGCUAUCAGAGAGGGUGCCUCUGUGGACAACUGCUGUGAUCUUUUCGCUGCUGUGUACCUCCUGUGUGGAGAUGACGGAGAAGAGGACUCCCUCCUACAGCAAGGAGGGAGAAAACAAGAGGAGCCGUUCAGGCAAGAGAUUUGUACGCUGCGCGCUCGCCUGUGGACCUUCCUGCUUCAGACCUUUUACGCGGUCCGCCACACGCAGGGAUGGGAGACCCUUUCUACCAAACACAGGGAGAGGAUACUAGCAGAUGCUAUUGAUAAGGGGGACAACCGGAGACUUGGUAAAAAGCCUGUAUUCACUAGCUCACAGCCAAGGGCUGUGAAAUGCCCUUCAUCUGGACCUGAGAGUCCUCCUGUGCACAGGACCCAGAGGGUGUCUGAAAACACUACCUCUUCCUCCCGUAGUGCUGCGUCAGCCAUGAAGUCUGAUGGAGUGGGGACAGCUAGCAAGCCAGGUGAGGGUCAAACAUCCAAGGCAAAGAAUGCAAAGAAGCCAGGGGAACGUAGUGCAGCAGCCAAAGCAAAGACAGCAUCAGCUGGAAUACCAGUUGUCAACGGCACUGGAGCUGCAGGGGCCAGACGAGAUGUAGCCAACAGCUCCAGAAGCUCUCAAGGGGCGAGAGAGCAGGAGAAGAAACCAAAUCCAGGUGCACGGCCUAAAACAUCUCCCCCGAGCUGCACAUCUACAAGCCAGCCAAGUGUAACCAAGACUCAGAGGAGCUCGACAGGAAAGGCUGACAGCUCUAUUGGCACCUCCCAGGCUCAGCCCAGCGCCUCGUCCACAUCAGGCAGCGCUUCGCCAGAGAACGGUGCCAGCAGCCCUCGUAAUGACAGCGCAGGUGCGAAGCCCAAACACCAAACUAAGGCGGGGGUCAAAUCCACACUGACAAAACCUCCUCAGAAAUCAGAUACAACGAAGAUCAGCAGCAGUCCUAUCAAUAGGUCUAGUGCAAGAGAAAGUGCUAAAGUCAAGACUAGUGCAGCAGAGAAAGCAUCUACAGGAGGGACAGCAGCAAGAGCAGAAACCAAGGGAAGAGGCACACCAGACCAUGUCUCUAAGCUUGGAUCAAAAAAGCCUGCUUCCCCAAGGAAAGAAAACAGCAAGGACGGGUUGAAAUCCUCAGAACCAGAAAAAGCAGCCAUUGAAGUUCAAAAAAAGAAGACCACAAAACCUGCUUCAGCAGCUGGAGCCUCAGCUAAAUCAAGUGCUAAACCACCAAAAGCCUCUUCGGCCCCCUCCAAGCAAUCUUCAGUAGCAGCUGCCAAGUCCGGACCAAAGCCUACGGAGAAAGCUUCCCCAAAAUCAUCAGGAACUUCCAAAACCUCACCUGCUACCAAGAAAUCAGCAACUAAAGGAAAAGAGACAGUCAAUGGCAAAGACUGUAAAACGGAGUCAGCGCCAACAGAAAACACUGGUGAAGUUGCAGUGCAUAAAGAGAGUACAGAGGUAGAAUUCUCUGACCAGCCUGCAGCACAGCCAACAAAGCAGGGUGAAGGGGAUUUACUUAGCCCGCAACUAGAAUCUAAGCAGCAUCUCCAGAAGACUGAAAUACUGUCAGAAAACACUAACUGUUCAGCUAGCAACACCCCUCAUGUCAAAUCUGCUAAGGCGGACACUUGCAAACAGACUGAAGGGAGUAAAGUGAAACCGCCCCCAAGCGGAGUCAUCAGUGGAGGGCAAAUUCACGAGGACGGCUCCAGAAAUUGUCAGAGAGAUACAGAACGUCUCGUAGACACACCAUGCAGCGUGUGCAGCACUGGCCCCCCCUUAGAGGACUCCUGGAGUGCCGUCCACCAUCGGGUCAGCCCCGAGUCUGAGACCUGCAGCACACACACCACCUCCUCCGAUGACAUCAAGCCCCGCUCGGAGGACUACGACGCCGGCGGCUCGCAAGACGACGACUGCUGCUCCAACGAAAGAGGCGUUUCAAAGUGCGGCACCAUGCGCUGCCACGACUUCUUGGGUCGCAGUAGCAGCGACACAAGCACCCCAGAGGAGUUGAAAAUGUACGAAGGCGGGGCGGGGUUAAGAGUGGAGGUGAGGCUGCGGGGGCGAGAAGCGGAGACCACCAGCGAGGAAGAGGGAGUGAGACAGCUUCCUCGCUCCUGGUUGCACCGAGACGAGCUUCCUGCAGAGGAGGAGCACUCCGAGGUGGAGGCAACGGUGACAGUGAAAAGCAUCCCCGACCACAGGCUCUUCUCCUCUGAGGAGGAAGAUGAAGAGGCGACGGAAGAUGACAGAUCUGAAGUCGAGGUGAUUCCGGGGCAGGCCCCGCUGCCACCAUCUGAAUCCUCUCCAAACUUUCAGGGGAUCAUCAACCUGGCUUUCGACGAUGAAGCCGCUGACCAGGAUAACGAUCAGGCCGACUACCAGACCACGGCUAACUUUCGCCGCUCGGUGUUGCUCUCUGUCGACGAGUGUGAGGAGUUGGGUUCAGAAGAAGGCGGCGUCCAAACGCCACCUCAGCAGCCCAGUGAGGGUGCGACUCCCUGUGACGUUUUCGAGUCUGACUCCACAACUCCUCAGACCAAUUUUGUUCCAACCAACAACCAACUGAACCACCUGAAAGGCCAUCUUGAAACUGCAGACACAACGCAUACAAAAACAGACGAGGAACAGGAUGAAAAGUCGUCUGUGUUCCUUACAGAGAUCCAGGCGGAGAGUAACGGAAUAAAGUCUAGCGUCCCUCUCUUGGAUGCUGACAUGAGAGACCUGCCUCCCCAGGAGCGCCCAUGCCACCUGGAUCUCCGGUACACAGAACAAUACAACGGAGGUCCACGCAAAAAUCACUCCAACACCACAGAAAGCAAGAAAGCUGAUUUACAUCUAGACUUAAAAGAGCCUCAGCAGACAGGGGACUCUCCUGUACAUGCUGCGCAAUCUCCAGCAGGGGACAAUGGUUGUGACAGAUCGGAUCAAACCUGCAAACAUGACCGCCGACCAUCCAAAGCACUAUCUCCCAUUUACGAGCUGGAUGUUGGAGAAGCCUUCGAGCAAUGCUCGGGAAAGGACAGGAAUGUUAAGCUGAAGGCAGAGCAAGAAAAGCAAAGAGAGGACGAUGAAAAAAGCAAUGAGUUUGCAGAGCGGGACUGGAGCAUGCUCAGGCAGCUCCUCUCAGACCACGAGUCCAACCUGGGCGUCAUAAACCCUGUGCCUGAAGAGCUAAACCUGGCCCAGUACCUGAUCAAGCAGACUCUGUCCCUUUCACGUGAAUGCCUGGACUCUCAGGGCUUCCUGUCCCCAGAGAAGGAGACCUUCAAACGCUGGGCGGAGCUCAUCUCGCCCAUGGAGGACUCCUCCACCAGCAUCACAGUAACAAGCUUCUCCCCAGAAGACGCUGCAUCUCCUCAGGGGGAGUGGACCAUCGUGGAAUUGGAAACACAUCACUGACUGCUCACACAGAGGAGAACCUGCCGGACAGUUGUCACCUCUGUGAAUGUUGAACCUCUAAAUAUUAACUUUGUCUUAAUUUAUUCUUAUUUAUAAUCAUAUGCUGUCUCAAACAUUUUCAUCUUUUUUUUUCGGGAAUCUGCAGAACUCUGGACUUUGCAGCAGUUUAUUUUGCAUUCCCCAUCAUGCCCUCAGUGGACAGUUUUUUUGACACAAACGGGAUGUUAUGCAUGCUAAUACCUUUUGUAUGUCUGACCGUUUAAUUAAUGUUGCUUCACAGCUCUAGAAAGAAUAGAGUAAGGAGACAAAUAUAUUUUUUCUCAUGGCAGUCUUCUGAUAAUAUGGUUGACUGAAGUUUCUUAAAGAAAAAAAAUAACAAUGGCCUACUGGCUUGCAUUUAAUGUCAUAUUGAAAAUAAAGAUUUGUGUUUAUUGAAAAAUGAAAA